AUGGCUGAAGUAGACUUUGGCACGAUCUGUGGGAUCACCAUCCCAGCAAUCGUCCUGAACGUGGCUGCGCCCUUGGUAGUCACUGUGCAGACAGCUCUGCUGGGCACCUACGGGGGCAGCCCAGUGCAGGCAGCCUUUGCAGCAGUGUCCACCACUGCCAACACCACCUGCUUCCUGUUCAACUUCCUGGUAGACGGCGUCAGCGCCAAAGUGGGCCAGAGCGUGGGAUCUGGCAAAUGGACACUCCUGCGCAGCCGCGUGCAGCAGGAGGCUGCUGCCUACUGGUGGCUGCGAGCCGGCCUUGCACCUAUCGCGCUGCUGAACAUGGCAAUCAACGGCAUACUGCAGGGCUACAACAGGGUGGCGGUGAACGCGGCGCUGAAUACGAGCCAGAGCGUGCUGGAGAUUGCCGGCAGUUGGGCCGUGCUGGCGGCCAUGCCGGCCCCGCCGAUUGGCCGGCUGGCCGCGCUCGGAGCCGUCUCCAUCGCCUGCGCCUCCCUUUCCGCCAUCGAAGGCGGGAUCUGCAUCGCCACGCUGGCACCCCAGCCGCCACAGAGUGCUCUGGAGGAGCGCCUGAUGGAGUCUUCAGCUGCUUGUCUGGAUGGUGACUCAGAAGCGGAGAGAGUGCCACUGGUGCAGGAAUUUGCGGAGGGUGCUGGGGCAUUAGGUGAUGCUGAGGUUCAGAUUGCACAGGAUGCUGCGCUGAGCUCGCUCCAUUUCUGGGACUUUGUCAGGGACGGCCUGAACAUGCUCAUACGGUCUGCAACACUGCAGGCCACUUUCUUCCUGGCACUGUCAGUGGCGGGGCGGCUGGGCACGGCCAGCCUGGCGGCCCACCAGGUGGUGGCGCAGCUAUGGCUGCUUACGUCAUAUGUAGUCGACGGAUUUGCGGUCGCCGGCACGGUCCUCGGCUCCCGCUUGGCCGCCAGCGCCGAGCCGGCCGCGCUGAGGAACUUCCGGGUUCUGACGCUGCGCUUGGUCGGCAUGGGCCUCGCCGUGGGCCUGGCCAGCGCAGCCGCCAUCUGGACAAACGAGGAGAGCAUCAUUGCACUCUUCACAUCAGACCCCGAGACAAAAUCGACACUCCAGGGCCGGCUGUGGUUCUUCCUGUGCCUGGCGCAGCCGAUCAAUGCGGCGGUGUUUGUGUACGACGGCCUCAUGUACGCGACGCAGUCCUUCGCAUGCGCGCGCACAGUGAUGCUGACCGGGUUUGUAAUCGCGUUUGCGCCCCUGCUGGCGCUGACUGAGUGGCGGCUGCAUGCGCUGUGGGGGGUCUGGGGGGCCAAGGCCGCGCAUAACGUCUGGCGGCUGCUCGGCUCAGUGCUGCGCGUGCACGUGCUCUUCGAGUGGGAAGUUGCCGCGCUGUAA